UGUACAGCUCCAAGCACCCUGCCCUCCCUUGCUUUCAGCAGCUCCUUCAGCAUUAUGGUGAUAAACACACUCAGUAAUCAAUGAGACAUUGGAAUUGAAUAAAGCCACCUUUCUCAAACCAGUCGCUCCAGCUGUAAACCAAAAGCCCAGAAUGCCACUUGUUUCUUAUUCAUCACCCAGAUUGCUACAUGGAUUUCUUGCAUACUGUUUAAUCCCCCAAGAGGAAGCUGGAGAGGGAAGAGCUUGCGAAUUCAGCUGCAUGUGGUUGAGUUUCAGAGAAUGGCGCCAAAAGACAGAAGCGUGUGGUGGGUUUGGAUCUCGGUGCUGUGUGCUGGAACUGUUGCCAGAGCAGCAGAACAAGGACAAUUGUCCAAAGACACGGGGGAAAGGGGGCGUCUCGGAGAAACAGCGAACUACCUCACCUGGACAGCAGAGAGAACAGACAGAAAUGCAACAUGGGUCACUACAAACACAGCCACCUCCGCAGGAGGAGGACCCACAACGCCCAACGCAACAGUUCUCAUCCCGGGAAAGGACACCACUGGGCGCAAAACCAGCACCUCAGCUUCCAGCUCGAUCAAGUACUGGGUCCCGCCGGCGUUCCUAGUUAUUGCGUUGAUCACCCUGUAUUUCACAUACAGGAAGACCACAGAGAGAGAAAGCCGCAGCAGAGCGGGGUCCAUUGAUCAAUCCUCGGACUCUGAUUCAAAGGACAAUCAGGAGGUUCACGGUGCAGCCCAUGUUAUCCCCCAUCCGGAGGCGUGGAAUCAGACCCAUGCGGAGAUGCUGAAUCUAAGCACCAAGAAAGACGAACAAGCUCUCUCUGACCCAGAUCCUUCCCGCAGCCAGAUUGACCAGAACGCAGCAGCUGAUAGCGCAGCCCCGUGCAGCGAUCCCAGGACAUCAGACCCUGUCAGAGCUUCCUGGUCCCUCAGCGCGAUGCCAACACAUGGAGAAACUACAGAGGCUUUGGUCACUUUUGAAGAAAGCUCUGUACGCCAAUCCCAGCCCGCUCCAAAUCUUCCCCUUGUCCCUUGAUGAAGAAGGGAGGUGACAGUCAAUCUCACCCCUUACACGGCGCUUUUCUCCUGUAGAUCUCACGGUGCUUUGCAAGUGGGAGUGCAUAUCAACAGCCCCAUUUAGAAAGGGAAACUGAGGCACAGAAAGGCAAAGUGACCGUGCCUCUCAAGCCAGCAACAGAGCAAGAAAACAGAACCCAGGAAUCCUAAAACCCUGCCUGGCACUGGACUGUUGAUUGUGGUGCUGCUCUCUUGUGGAUGGCAAACUUUGGCCCUGAUUCUCCAUAAUGUUAAGUACGUGUCUAAAUCCUAGUAAGAUUGGGGACUGUUUUUGGUUCCGGGAGUAUCAAAAUUGUAGAGCAAUCUAAUGGGGGUGGGGUCAUGUGUGUGUGUGUAUGUAAUUCACAGGAUUUCAUCCAAUAAGGUAAUAUUUA